CCUCUCUAUCCCAGUUACUCAAAUACGCUGGGAUGUAUCUCAAACGAAACCCCCACCAUGAAGCUCCCAGCCACCCUCUUCAGCAUGCUGGCCCUGACCUCCACCACCCUAGCCCUCUCACCCCCUGCUAGGGCCGAUCCCGUCGUGGAAUGCGGCGACCUAUAGGUCAUGGUGGUCCCCGCCUCCGAUCUCCCCGAAGGCGUCUCCCCAAGCGAUGUUCACAAGUGCAAGAAUCACCCGCUUGGCCGCAAUAGACAAGUGAAGGAUGCAUCGCUGGCUCCGCUGGACGACGCCAUGAACCCCUCGAUUUUGACCACCAAUCCGGCGAUUAGCGCGGUUGAAACACGCUCAGAGACUUGCGUCCUCGAGGAACGGGCCUGCUACAAAGAUGCGCCGUAUGGGUGUUCGGGAGGUUAUUGCUGGAAGACCUGCGGAAGGCGAGUGGUGCUGGACGGCCAGGAAGGGUGGUGUUGGGCCUUGGUACACCUGUAGUAGUGAUGUUGAUUAUGGGACAACGACGUAUGCGUGUGGUAGGGGGUGUGCGAGUUGCGGGUGCGGUUGUUAAGGGCUGCUGUGGGUCGUUUUUGUAGUGUGGUGUGGUUGAUGGGUUGCAUGGUGUCAGGU